AUGGCUUCCUCGUUCUUCAGACCGCCCAGUAUGCUCCGUUACAGCUUAUAUGCACUGUUUCUCGGCCUGACGGCCUCUGUCUGUGCCGAGGCUCUCCUGGGCAAAGACAUUGGCCAACUGAGUCUCGAUGAGAUUGAAGAAAACCUCCAGAAAUGUGCAUUCGUUCAGAACCUGGCCGAGCAUAAAAUCCGCACAUCACCUUCCCAAAAGUCAUGGACCUCGCAGCUUUUCGCUGUCCUCUUCCCCUCCUCGUCGCCAGCCAUCAACUCUCUCCUGGCGACAGCCUACAUCUCGGGCCCUCCCAAUUUCCUUCUGGCACUAUGCCCUCCGAACAUCGACCCGUCCAGCCUCAGCGUCAUGGUGGCAUUCGCGGUGGGUGGCCUGCUGGGCGACACUCUCUUCCACCUCCUACCCGAGAUCUUUCUCGGUGAAGACCACCCCGACCGUGUCAAGUUUGUCAUGCUCGAACCCAACCGCAACCUGCUCUUGGGCGUUGGCAUCAUAGUAGGCCUGGUCACCUUCAUGGCCAUGGACAAGGCCCUGCGGAUUGCAACAGGGGGAGACGGCGGCCACAGCCACGGUGACUCGCACGAGCAUUCCUCUUCUUCGGCCGCUUCUUCGAACGGGAGCGCCUCCACCAGCGGCAGCAGUAGCACCCCAUCGAAAUCCAACGGCGAACUUCGCAAGCGCAACGACAAAUCCCCCAAGGGCGAAAAGGAAACUACUCCCAAACCGCAACAACAACAAACCCAAGCCGACCCGAUCAACCCGUCCGUCAAGCUCGCGGGCCUCCUCAACCUAAUCGCCGACUUCACGCACAACAUCACCGACGGGCUCGCGCUGUCGUCCUCGUUCUACGCGUCGCCGGCGCUCGGCGCAACGACGACCAUGGCCGUCUUCUUCCACGAGAUCCCCCACGAGGUAGGCGACUUUGCACUCCUCAUCCAGUCGGGCUUCUCCAAGCGCAAAGCCAUGGGCGCGCAGUUCGUGACCGCAGUGGGUGCGUUUCUCGGCACGUGCAUCGGCAUCUUCGUGCAGGAGUACGGCGGCAACAGCGCGAGUGCUGCCGCUGACCUGGCGGCCGGUGCGGCGCCCAAGGGCAUCUGGGGCACGAGUCUGCAGUGGGGGGACAUGCUGCUUCCUUUUACCGCGGGCACCUUCUUGUACGUGGGCACCGUGGCUGUCAUCCCCGAGCUGCUGGAUACGGGCUCCGACAAGGGCGCCGAGUUGAAGAAGACGGCUCUGCAGUUCGGCGCCAUGUUCGUCGGAGCUGCCAUCAUGCUCGGCAUCUCAUGGUCAUGA